AUGCCUCUAAAACCUGGUUCAAAUCCGUACAAAAUCCUCGAUCUUGAAAAAGGAUGUACAGAGAAGGAGAUUCAAAAAGCGUAUCGAGCACAAUGUCUCAAAUGGCAUCCGGAUAAAAAUUUGAAUAAUAAAGAAGAAGCUGAAAAGAAAUUCAUCGAAGCUAAGGAAGCAUUUGAUUUCUUGUAUGAUAAAGAGAAAAGAGCAGAAUAUGACAAAGGGGAAGAAAGGAUUCGAGUGGCUCAAGAGAACUACAACAAACGAAUGGCACAAGCAGAUGGCGAAAGGAAGAGGUUAAUUGAAGAAUUAGAAAAGCGUGAGAAUGAAGUGAACGGUAAACGGCCAGCAGACGGAUCAGCACCAAUGACAUCAGCUCAACAAGCAAAAAAGAAAAAAACAGAACAACGAAAUUUCAAAGAAGAAAUCGAAGCUAUUCGGAGGCAACUCGAAAAAGAAGUGAACGAAGAGGUUCAACAGAAAAAUGCGCUCAUGAAAACUGAAAGGGAAAAACAUCAGAAGAAUCGAGAAAAAACAAUGCCGCAAUUGCUCGUCAAAUGGAAAAUAUCAGAAGGUCUUGAUUAUUCGGAAGAUGAUAUUCGUUCAAUUUUUUCAAACUUUGGUCCAAUAUCCAACAUAUCAUCUGUUAUUAGAAAAAAGGAUAAACGGAAAGGAAUUGUGGAGUUCGAAGCAGGAACCAAUGCAUGGGGAGCUGAACUGGAAACAGGGAAUAGUCCAAUGCCAGAACUGACAGCAGAAUGGAUACAACCGCCUGUUGAUACAAUAAAAAAGGCUGAAAACCCUGUGAAGCCGAAUACGGGAAACGGCAGUAAUCUAGAACAUAUGUCAUUGGAAGAUCUCGAAGCUCAAAUUAUGGGUGGAUUUUAA